AUGACUACAACCGUUCCCUUAAUCUAUUCGUUCCCCGAAUUCUUGGGAGUCGCAGACGCUGUUGCCGAUUUAAUCAUCUCGGCUCAGAAUCAAACCUUAUACAAUACAACAGAUGCUAAACAGAUUGAAAUGAUCAAGCUGGGACAGAUGAAGCGUCCAUCAAUGACCAAGACCAAUAGCUCAUUAUCUGUCGCAAUGGCCAUGAAUGGUGCUAACAACAAUAGUAAUAAUAGCAAUAGUAAUCAUAAUCUCAUUAGCAGUAGCAGCAACACCAUCAACAACACCGUCAACAACACCAAUAACAAUAACAAUAACAAUAAUAAUAAUAAUAAUAAUAGUGGUAGUAGCACUUAUAUCGCCCACAGUAGUGGUAAUGGCAUAUCUCCAUUAAGCCAUCCAAGUACAGGCACAAACACUGGAGCAAGCUCCACUACCAAUAGUCCUAGUCUUAGCCAAAGCCAAAGUGUCACCAAUAUUGCUUCUGGUGCAUCAUCAACCAAUUUGCAACAGAACAACAAGAUCAAAAAGGAAAAGAAGAUAAUGAAGAAGCAAGAAAUUAGGUUCAAGAUUGCCAUUAGUGGUGGAUCGCUUAUAAAAAUUUUGAGCCAGGGACUCAUGCAUGAACAACAGUAUAUCGAAUGGGAUAAAUGGGACAUUUAUUUUGCCGAUGAGAGAUUAGUACCGUUUGAGAGCCAAGAUUCGAAUUAUGGCCAAGCUGAAAGGGAAAUCUUUUCACUCAUCAAGGGUGAUAAGAAACCACGUAUCUUUCACAUUGACGAGUCCUUAAUUGAUGAUCCACAAGAAGCAGCUGAUGACUAUGAGAAACAAUUGAUUCAAAACUUUGCCAAAAAGGAUUCGGUGAAACUACCAAUGUUUGAUUUGUUAUUACUUGGAUGUGCACCAGAUGGCCAUAUUGCAUCAUUGUUUCCCAACCAAGGUGAAGCUUUACGUGAAAAGUUGGCAUGGUGUAUCCCCGUGUCAAAAGCACCACUGGGUCCAGAGAAUAGAAUCACAUUGACAAUUCCAGUCAUUUGUCAUGCGGCAAGAGUUGUAUUCGUUGUUGAAGGUUUGACCAAGGCUCCGAUCAUCAAGACCAUAAUGGAAAGACCCGAAAAGGGAUUGCCCAGCUCUAUUGUGAAUGAGACUGCAGUGGGUAAAGUUAGUUGGUUUGUUGACGAUGCGGCAUUGAAUGAUUUAUAUGACAUUACAAAGAAAAAGUAUAAAUAUUUGUCGAUUCCAGAGCCAGACCACUCAAAAGAUAAACAAGAGGAGCAAGUAUAA